AUGGAAAUCAGAACAGUUUUAGAGGCACACCAACCUCCAGCGAAUCCACAACUACAUUGUACCUAUUGCAAUAAGGAUCAUCACACAGUCAAUCAUUGUCACAAGCUUAAUGGCUAUCCUCAUGGACAUAAACUUUAUCGUGGUGGUUCCAACUCGUCUGGGCAUGUUAACACAGGGAGUGCAUCUCGCAAUGGAAGCCACAACAAGUGGCGCGCUUCAUCUUCAUAUGCCUAUCAAGUCCAAGCGGGCUCACCAGCAACUGCAGCCCAAAUUGAAUAG